UGUGCUCAAAGGACACACCUCUCCUGCCUGCAAGUCUUGCGUUCUACCUGUAAGGCUUCCACUGUAGGACACGCUUUCUAACAAGGCAUAACUCGAUUCCCAAUAGAUAUGGAGCAGAGGAUUUUCCUGCAUCUUGAGGAAGAUAAGGACCCCCAGUUCAAGACCACCAAGGCUUAACGAACCCUCCAAGAGCCGGCAUCCCUCAGGGAGACAUCAAACAAUGAUCGGCUUCACCAUUCAGAAAGUCUUGGGCAUUGCCAUACUGCUGCUACACUACACAUCUUGUCAACAAAUUCAAGACAAUGAGGACUCUCUGUCUUUCAGAUUUACCCAGAGCAUAUAUUAUGCAACAGUUCAUGAAAAUUCUGCUCCUAAAACCUAUAUAGUGAGCCAGGAAAAGAUGGGUGUUUACCUGAAAGACCCUCAAUGGACGUUAAAGUAUCGAAUUGUGUCUGGUGACCCUACUGGUCUCUUUAAAACUGAGGAGCUGGUCGUUGGCGAUUUCUGCUUUUUAAGAAUUCGAAUACGAAGUGGAAAUACAGCUCUUUUAAAUAGAGAGGUAAAAGAUAAUUUCCAACUACUCAUCCAUGCUUCUGAGAAAUCCAUAGAUUUUGAAGCACAGACUAAAGUUGUCAUCCAAGUUUUGGACAUAAAUGAUUUAAGACCUCUCUUUUCAACCACAUCCUAUAAAUUUACUGUAAGCGAAGAUGCCCCUCUUAAAUCAGUCCUAGGCAAAAUCAGUGCUACAGAUGCUGACCAGGGCCAGAAUGCUAUGUUCUACUAUACCUUCAACACCAAAUCCUCAUUGUUCUGCAUCCAUCCAACAAGUGGCGUUGUAAUGUUGAUCGGUCACCUUAACGCAACCCAGAAAUCUGUGCACAAUCUUGAAAUUUUAGCAGUCGACCGCAUGAGAAAAAUUUUGGAGGGUAAUGGAUUUGGAAACAUGGCUUCUUUGGAAAUCUUAGUGAAACCGACUCCAAAAAAGCCUCCUUUUAUCUCCUCAGUAACAACAGCCAUGGCAGAUUCAUCAGAAAGACUUCUUUAUGCCACUGUAGUUAUGGACUUGGAAGACCCGUUGUGCAGCAUUGACUCUGUGGAGAUUGUAAAUGGUGAUCCAAAUGGUUAUUUUAAGGUUUUAAGAUCUUACUUGGGCAAAAAUGAAUUCACAGUGGUGUCUACUGCACAGAUUAACUGGAUGGAACACUCCCAGGGUUUCAAUCUAAGUCUUCAGGCUAAAGACAAGAACAAUCCUCCAAUUUAUUCCACUCUUAAAAGUAUUUACAUUCCUCCAUGGAGGUAUGCUAUGGCAAGAUUUGAACACGAUGUUUAUAAAGUACAAAUUAGUGAAUGUUCCCCUCCCGGUAGUCACGUUGGCAUUGUCAAAAUGAUUCCCUCAGUUCCCUCAGGGGGAUAUUACUUAAAAACGUAUUCUGACAAAUUCAGACUUAACACUAAAACUGGCUUGAUUAUGACCAAGAAAUAUAUGGAUGUGAAAGAUCAGUCACAGUACCAUCUUGAAGUAACAGCACUUGAUGGUCAGGUCUCUACUACUGUUAUUGUUGACCUCAUUGAUUGCAAUAAUCACUCCCCCCUGUUCCCUCUGUCUAAAUAUGAAGGAGCCUUCAAUGAGAAUAUCCCUGUUGGAACAACCAUUUUGCAAGUACAUGCCACGGAUGCUGACCAGGGAGAUAACGGUAAUGUUACCUAUAAAUUAGUUGGUCAGGAAAACUCUCCUUUUAUCAUUGACCAUUUUACAGGUGUAAUUACUAACAGAAGAGUUCUUGACUAUGAACUAAAUCAGAGAUUAUAUAAUCUAAAAGUUUGGGCAACAGAUCUGGGUGCCCCUUUUCGAAGACAAUCUGAAACAUACGUAGCUCUUACACUCAACAAUUUGAAUGAUAACAUCCCUAUUUUUGAAAAAAUCAACUGCAAUAUAAGCAUUCCAAGUGACAUAACUAUUGGUGAGAAAGUGGCUGAACUCUCAGCAGUGGAUAUUGAUGAGCUUCAGACUAUACAGUAUGAGAUUCUUUCUGGUAAUGAGUUACACAAAUUCAGGUUAGACCCUAUUUCAGGAGAUAUUACAGUUAGAGGUGAUUUCUAUGGUAUGGCAUCUUCUUCACCUUCCAUCUACACCUUGAUUGUUACUGCUAGUGAUGGAGAAAAUAAAGCUGAGCCCACUGUUGUCAACAUUACUCUAUUAAACAAAGGUUCACCCAAAUCAGUAUAUUGUGAGGAGACAGGGGUACUAAACAAAAUAACAGAAAACAUGAUCAAUUCCUUCAAGUUACAAUCUGAGAUUCAACACUAUGAGGAAGAAACAUCUUUUAACACCCAUCCAAUAAAUAUUCAUGCACCUCAAUUUGAUGACAACUUUCCCAUAUCAAUUGAUGUGGCUGAGGACAUUGCUGUGAACUCUUCCAUUUCCCAAUUGCUCGCCAUUGACCUGGAUACUGGUUUCAAUGGCAAGCUAGUCUAUGCAAUAUCUUCAGGAAGUGAUGAUGGCUGCUUUAAAAUCAAUAUGGGAACUGGGGAGUUGACUGUCUUUUCACCUUUAGACCAUGAAACCGUAAGUUCCUAUAUCCUUAAUAUAACUGUGUAUGACCUUGGAAUACCUCAGAAGUCCUCUUGGAAAAUCUUAGCAGUUAAUAUUUUGGAUGUAAAUGACAAUGAACCAAAGUUCCCACCUUCAGGAUACUGUAUGUUACUACGAGAGGAUGCUAAGAUAGGUAGUGUUGUCCUCAAAGUGAAAGCAGAUGACAUUGACAAGGAAGACAAUGGCAGGGUAAGGUAUUCACUCCUAACUCCAACAGAUGCAUUUACAAUUGAUAGUGUCACAGGUGACUUAACAGUUAAGAGCAUGUUGGACAGAGAGAUGCUGUCAAAAUAUAAACUUAAAAUAGAGGCCAGAGAUCAGCCCAAAAAAGGCAGGCAACUUUUCUCCUUCACCGAUGUUGCCAUCACCCUGGGAGAUAUCAAUGACAAUGCACCAUACUGCCGACCAAUAACAGCUAAUGUAAAAAUUGCGGAGGACAUUCCUGUAGGAACUGUUGUAUAUUUUGUGGAUGCCCAGGAUUCUGACACAGGCCCAAAUGGAGAAGUGUUCUAUUCUUUAAUUAAUGAUGAAAGGGGAACAUUCCGUAUUGAGAAAUUAACAGGGGCUUUAAUACUUGAGAAAGAAAUUGACUUUGAGACCAAGUCAUUCUACAAUCUGACCGUAAGAGCAUCGGAUACUGGCAGUCCAUUCCCACAUUCUUCUGUGUGCCACGUGGAGGUGGUAGUUCUUGAUGUCAAUGAAAACCUCUAUCCACCUUUAUUUAAAUCUUUUGUUUUUCAUGGAGCAGUACCAGAAAAUGCACCAACUGGAACUCUAGUGCUCUCUAUAACGGCUCAGGACCAGGACAAAGGAAAGGAUGGUGAAAUACGCUAUUCUUUUAAGGAUGGAACAGACCUCUCAAUUUUCAGCAUACAUGAAGAGACAGGAUCAAUUCGGACAGAGGCUCCUCUAGAUCGUGAAUCUGUCCCACGUUACUGGUUGACAAUCUGUGCUACAGAUUUAGGCUCUGUUCCAUUGUCCUCCAUUGCUGAAGUCUACAUUGAAGUUACAGAUGUCAAUGAUAACAUCCCUCAGUUGUCUGAAGUGGUGUUCUAUGCUUCAGUGCUUGAAAACUCUCCACCAAAUGUUUCAGUACUUCAUCUGGAUGCAACGGAUGCCGACUCCAUUUCUGCUGGCAAGCUGUCUUUCCAGUUCUUAAGUGGUAACAGUCAAGGACUGUUCAUGUUGAACCCAAGCACAGGUUUGAUUUCUACAACUGAGAAACUGGUAGAUCGGGAGAACAAAGAGGAACAUAUUUUCGAGGUGACAGUGUCCGAUAAUGGCACCCCUCCUCUGCAGUCCACCUCUCGAGUUGUCAUACAGGUGUUAGAUGUGAAUGACAAUACUCCUACAUUUUCCCAAAAACUCUUUACUGCCCAGCUCCCAGAACGUGCUGAAUCCCCUGAAUCUACUCUGAUAUACAGGCUCAUAGCAAUGGAUAGGGACAAAGGAAUAAAUGGCCAAGUGACGUAUAGUAUUACUGAACAGGAGACAGGUGUCUUCACAAUUGAUCCAACAACUGGUGUCAUCUCUUCCAAAGCAGCAUUUCCAGCAGGGAGCUACACCAUAUUAACAGUCAGAGCUACAGAUGGGGGAAGCCCUUCUCGAUCUUCUAAUGUGAGACUGCACAUCCAAUGGAUCCACAACCCUACACCCUCAGAUGAUCUGUUAACAUUUGAUGAGCCACUGUUUACCUUUCAAGUUAUGGAAACUGACCCAGUGAACCACAUGCUGGGGCUAUUAAGUACAGAACUGUACAGUCAGUGCUGGUUUGACAUCACAGGUGGAAACGAUGAGCUGGAUUUUGACAUCGAUAAGACCAACAGUGGUUUGACCAUAGCUCGACCUUUGCAAGCAAGCAGGAAAUCAUUGUAUAACCUUACCGUGCAGGUCACAGAUGGUUCCCGUGCUGUUAGCACCCAGGUUUAUAUCUCUGUUGUACCAUACAAUCAUCAACGUCCAGAGUUUCAGAAGAAUCAAUACAAUGUUCAAAUUCCAGAAGAUGUUCAACUAGGUUCUGAAGUGAUCAAAGUUACAGCAACAGAUGAAGACAGUGGGAAUAGAUUAAUCUACACCAUCCAAGGCAGCGCAGACCCAAAAAGCUCUAAGAUGUUCAGGAUUGAUCCUAAUUCUGGUGUCCUGUUCACCACAGAGACUAUGGACUAUGAAACGAUGCCCAUUCAUAUUUUAAAUGUCAUGGUUCGUGAUCAGGAAGUUCAAAUUAAGAGGAAUUUUGUAAGGAUUACCAUUCAGGUACAAGACAUCAAUGAUCAUUCCCCUCACUUCAUUCACGCUGCUUAUGAAGGAAGUGUUUCUGACUCAGCUUCUGUUGGAUCCGAGGUGUUAAGAGUCCAGGCUACAGAUAAAGACCAGGGGCUCAAUGCAAAGAUCCAGUAUUUUAUUCAUUCAGGCAACAAUGAAGGAUAUUUUAAUAUUGACAAGUCUUCUGGCCUUAUUACUAUUGCUAAGACACUGGAGCAGCUGACAAAGAGCUGGAUAACCUUGACAAUCGUGGCAGUAGAUCAGGGGACCCCACCGUUUCAGGACAUAGCUACUGUCAACCUACAAAUCAAACCUUCUGACACAUCAACACCAAAGUUUAGGUUGAGAGAAUAUGUGGUUGAAAUCAGUGAGUCAGUGCCUAUUGGUUCAUUUGUAACCAUGGUUUCUGCAACAAGCUGGUCUUCCAUUAAUUAUGACAUUAAAGAAGGGAAUGAGGAAGGUUCUUUUUUCCUUAACUGCUAUUCUGGCAUAAUCACUACCAAAAACAAUCUGGAUUUUGAGACCAUUUCUUCUUACCAACUCAAAAUACGUGGUAACAGCUCUCUUGGAUAUUUCAGUGAAACAACCGUCUUUAUCUACAUCAUUGAUGAAAACGACAACUCCCCAAUUUUCUCACAAAGCAUAUAUUUAGGUCAAAUUAAUGAAGAUGCUCCAAUAGGCAGCAUGGUGACAAGUAUGGACUUGACCCCUCUGACCAUUCAAGCUAUUGACAAUGACACUGAAGCAAAUGCUAUCUUGAGUUACCAAAUACUGGAUCCUGAAGUUCUCAGAUACUUCAAAAUCAAUCCAAGUAUGGGAACAUUGUUCACUGUGGCAGAACUUGACUUUGAGAUAGCAACUUCAUUCAUUUUUGAAGUGCAUGUAUGUGACUCAGGUAUACCAAGUCGGUUUGCUUCUCAGCCAGUAAAGGUCACCAUACAAGUGAUUAAUAUAAAUGAUUCUCCACCCAAAUUUUUGAAAGACAUAUAUGAUCUGAAUAUUUAUUUACCUGCAUAUAAUAAUAUGCAUAUCCUAACCGUAGCAGCUAGAGAUGUCGAUUCAGAAGUGAUGUACAGCAUUUCAGAAGGCAACGCAGAUAAUGCAUUCUUGAUUGAUUCAAGAUCUGGUGUCCUUGUUUUAAACGAUUCCUCUCUCUUGAAGUCAUACCGUGAACUUCCAAUAAAAGCUUGGGAUGGUUUGUACCAUGACACUGCACUGAUAAAAAUUAAUGUCACUCAAUUCAAAAUAACCAACUUGAAAUUUGAUCAGGCUACGUAUACAUUAAAGGUGACCGAAAACGAUCCUAGUAUUAAGGUGUUAGGUAUUGUGGAUGUGGUUGGAAUUCAACUUAAUGAGCCAGUUAGUUUUUCAGUUCUUACAUAUACAGAACUUUUCAAGAUAAUUCCCUCUUCUGGUGUUCUCCAGACAAAAGGUCUAGCAUUUGACAGAGAGAGCCAAAGCAAAUAUGAUGUAAUAGUUGAAGCUAAGGACAGCAGGAAUCCACCACGGGUGUCUCAGGCUAAAGUUGAAAUAUAUGUUGAAGAUGUCAAUGAUAAUGCUCCAGAAUUUAUUAAUACUCCAUAUUAUUUAGCUGUAGAAGAUGGCAUAGAGCCUGGUGAUGUCAUCUUCCAGGUAUCAGCUAUAGAUAAAGAUGCUGGGCAAAACAGUGCUCUGACUUUCCAGUUGGAAGACGACUAUAAAUAUUUCAGGAUUGACCCAUCUUUAGGAGACAUUAUUCUUAUACAACCUUUUGAUUAUGAAGCCUUAAAUCAGUAUGUUCUAAAAGUGAUUGUCAGAGACCAUGGUAAACCCUCUUUGCAAGCUCAAGAAGAAGUAGUCAUCAUUGUUCGAAACAAAUCUAAUCCUAUUUUCCAAAGUCUAUAUUACACAGUAAACCUGCCAGAAAAUGUACCUAUCUCUACUCCAGUUUUGCACAUUCAGGCUCGCAGCCCAGAAGGAUUCCGUAUUAUUUACAAUAUUGUUGAGAAUGAAGCUCUAAGUUUUUUUAGCAUUGACUUUAAGACUGGUUCUCUAAGCGUUUCAGGGCAGCUAGAUUAUGAGACCAAAACUACACAUCUGUUAACUGUUAGAGCCACCGAUUCUGCUGUAGGCCAUUUUUCAGAAGCACGAGUGUUAGUUAAAGUGGAAGAUGUAAACGAUCACUCACCUGUCUUCUCUCAAAUGGUUUACUCAGGACACAUCAUGGAAAAACUUCCACCAUAUCAACCAGUGAUUCAACUGCAAGCUUCUGAUCAAGAUUCUGGAAAAAACCAAGAGAUUUCAUAUCAUAUCUUAGGAAACGACACAGAGGAAACUCAUGCAUUCUUUCAUAUAAACCACAAAACUGGUGAAAUCACAACAGCCCAAGAGUUGGAUUAUGAAACUACGCGGCAGUUUCAGUUCAAAGUGAGGGCCACAGAUAGCGGUUUGCCACCUUUGCAUUCAGAUGCGCUUGUCAUUGUCAAUAUAACUGAUGUAAAUGACAAUCCUCCAGAGUUCAGAGAAACAUACUAUGAAGCAAAUAUAAGUGAACUAGCCAACUGUGGACAUAUUGUUAUUAAAGUCCAAGCAUUUGACCUUGAUAGUGUAGAUGCUGGCAAGCUGGAGUAUCUUAUUCUUUCUGGUAACAAUCAUCGACACUUCACUAUAAACAGAACAUCUGGAGUAAUCUCCUUUUCUAACCUCUGCAGAAAUAGUUUGGAUUUAUUUUACCAGCUACAGGUCGCAGCUUCUGAUGGAGUGUACAGGGAUACUGUACCAGUGUAUAUCAAUAUUACCCAUGCCAAUAAGCACACCCCAUCCUUUCAACAGAAUGUAUUUGAAGUAGAACUUGCAGAGAAUGCAGAAAUAGGCACUACAGUGAUUGAGUUGGCAGUAAAGGAUCCUGAUGACGGACCUUAUGGAAUGGUGGAUUAUAGUAUUAUUAAUAAAUUGGCCUUAGACAUGUUUUCAAUUGACAGUAAUGGCCAUAUAGCAACACUGAGGAAAUUAGACAGGGAAAAUGCAACAGAGAGGCUUAUUGCCAUCAAAGUUAUGGCAAAGGAUGGGGGAGGUAGGGCAGCUUUCUGCACAGUUAAAAUAAUUCUGACGGAUGAGAAUGACAACCCUCCUCUGUUUAUUGCAAAUGAAUAUAAUUUAUCUGUCCGGUCUAAUCUUGGCAAAGGAAACACAAUUAUUCAGGUGCUUGCUUAUGAUGCUGAUGAAGGGCAAAAUGCGGAUGUUACCUAUUCUAUUGAUAAAUAUGAUGAAGAUCUAGUUCAAAUCAAUCCUUACGAUGGUACUAUCAUCGCAAAAAAAAGCCUAUUGGGGCUGGAAAACAAAGACAUUACUUUUACAGUCAUAGCAAAAGAUGGUGCACCUCCAAAUUGGAGUUCACUUGUUCCUGUUCAUCUCCAUAUUGUACCAACUGAGGUCACUUUGCCCAAGUUUUCUGAACCGUUGUAUAGUUUUUCAGCAUCUGAAGAUCUCCCUGAAGGAUCUGAAGUAGGACUAGUGAAAGCAACGGCAAUGGAGUCAGUCAUUUAUAGCCUAGUCAAAGGUUCAACUCCAGAAAGCAACAAAGAUGGAGUAUUUAGUCUAGAUAAACACACAGGAUCUCUGGUUGUAAACAAAGGAGUAGACCAUGAAAAAACCAAAUGGUAUCUUAUUGAUGUUCAGGCCAAUUGUCCUCACCUGGGCAAGGAGUUAGUGUCUUUGGUUUCAGUAAGCAUCCAAGUGAAAGACAUUAAUGACAAUCAGCCUGUUUUUGAAUCUGACCUCUAUAGAGCUUCAUUAACAGAGAAUAUGCCAGCUGGGACAACUGUUAUACAAGUUACUGCAAAUGAUCAAGACACAGGCAAUGAUGGAGUAGUAACUUAUAGCCUCAAAGGAGAUACUAGUGAAAUUCAAAGAUUCUUCACUAUUGAUGCUGAAAAUGGUUGGAUUAGAACCCUAAAGGAGCUUGAUUGUGAAAAGCAAGAGGUCUAUCAAUUUUAUGUAGUGGCUACAGACCAGGGAAAGAAAAUACGCCUUUCAUCUGAAACCAUGGUAGAAGUGACAGUAACUGAUGAUAAUGACAACCCUCCAAGGUUUACCUCUCAAGUAUAUAGGGGAUCCAUAGCAGAGAACAGCAAAUCUGGACAGGUCAUAACUACCUUCAAAACUUGGGACAGUGAUAUGUCUGAAAGCAACAGGAAGGUCGCCUGUUUCAUAACAGAUGGAGACCCCUUAGGCCUGUUCAGUAUCAGUGAGGUUGGGGACCAGUGGGUCAUUUCCUCCAAGAAGCCCUUGGACAGGGAAGAUAAGGAGAAACAUCACUUAAAGGUGACAGCAUCUGAUGGGAAAUUCCAGGCAACCACAGAGGUGGAAAUUACUGUAUUGGACAUCAAUGACAACAGUCCAGAAUGCCAGCAGAUGUUAUACAAAGCAACGGUUGCUGAGGACGCCCCUCCCGGUCUCCUUAUCCUCAAGAUAUCAGCCAAAGACCCUGACUUGGGUAAUAAUGCCCAGAUUACAUAUGCACUUUAUGGUCUUGGAGAUGAUCGGUUUCGAUUGGAUCCAUACACAGGAGAGUUAACAACACUAGCACAUUUAGACAGAGAACAGAAGGCAUCCUAUAACUUGGUUGCAAAAGCUUUUGAUGGAGGAGGACUUUCAUGCCAAUCGGAUAUUGCCCUGUCUCUGGAGGAUAUCAAUGAUAAUGGACCAGUGUUCUCCAUGAAUCACUACUCUGUAACCGUGUAUGACAACACAACUUUGAAGACCCCCGUGGCAGUGGUCAUUGCUAGAGAUCCUGAUGAAGGUUUAAAUUCUGAGGUGCUAUAUUCCCUCUCAAACUCUGCCAAUGGACUUUUCUCAGUUGACGAAACCACAGGUGUAGCACGACUAGAGAAACCUCUAGAAGGCAUGGAAGAUGAAGUGAUUGAGUUAACCGUCUGUGCCACAGAUCGCGGCUUUCCCCAUCCACUUUCCACAUGCACACCCAUUACAGUGUCUGUGGUAUCCCUCAGUUACUACCGAUCUGUGUUUGGAAACCCAGAAAACAUCAUACAGGUGCCAGAAGACCAGCCGGUUGGUUCAGAGCUUCUAAAUCUAGCAAAACUGACACAGGACAUUGAGAGCAAUUUGAAAAUUGAGUAUGAAGUCUUGAAUGGGAAUGAAAAUGGCAUAUUCCGUCUGACAGAUACAGGCAUAUUAUACUUGAAUGGAAAGUUGGACUUUGAAUCCCAACGUCAAUACUACCUCUCAAUAGAAGGAACUAGAGGGAGCUCUCCUCCUCUAAGUGAUGUGACGGUUGUUGUGAUAAAUGUCACUGAUAUUAAUGAUCACAAGCCUGUCUUCAGCCAGGAGGAAUACCAAGAAGAAAUCCCAGAGAAUGCAGUGGUGGGAGAUCUGGUUGUGAUGAUCUCAGCCAUUGACUUAGAUGGACCAAAGAACAAUAAAGUCACUUUAAAAAUUGUGAAAGGAGAUCCCCAUGGUCACUUCUCAAUACAUCCUGAGCGGGGAGAUCUCAGAGUUCUGAGUCGACUUGACCGAGAGCAGAAAGCCAAAUAUUCUCUCGUGGUUCGCGCAAAUGACAAUGGUGUCCAAGCACUCUACAAUGAGGUGACAGUUCAGAUCCACUUACUAGAUGUCAAUGAUAACCCUCCUGUGUUUUUACAGUCCAACUACAGCCUUGUGCUUCAGGACAAUUCCCCAGCUGGUACUAGUGUGUUGACACUUAUUGCAACAGAUAAGGAUUCUUCCAAAAAUGGACCACCAUUUAAUUUUCAGAUCAUGGAAGGAAAUGAAGACAAUGUGUUCCAGAUCAGUCCAGAUGGUGUCCUCUCUACUACAGCUGUCCUCAGCAGAGGUUCCAAAGAGAAGCAUGUCUUGAAAAUAAAGGUUUCUGACAAUGGCAUACCACACCUUUCAUCUUCCACUUUUGUCAGCAUCCAGGUCAUUGACCAAAGCCGCCACUCUCCUACAGUGCUGCCACUGGAAAUAUUUAUCACUACCAGUGAGCCAUCAUUUCACGGCACCGUGUUGGGCAAACUGCAUGCCACGGACCAAGAUCCUCAUGACACAUUGAUGUACAGGUUGGCUGAAGAGGAGCUUAGAAAAGGUCUAUUUUCUGUUGGAAUUACUGAUGGCAAGGUCAUUGCGCUUGAAAGUCUUCAACAAGGUCAAUAUUUUUUCAACGUCACAGUCAGUGAUGGCUCAUUUACCGCCAUGGCACCUGUUCAUAUCUCUGUCUGGUGUUUUAGCGACGAGGCUCUCCAGCAAUCAUUGGUUCUUCGAUUCAAGAGCUUAUCUCCAGAGGACUUUAUAGGAGACCAUUGGCGCAAUUUUCAGAGGUUUCUUGGAAACCUGCUUUCAGUAGACCGACAGCAGAUUCAGAUGGCCAGUCUUCAAAAAGAUGAAACAUCAUCGUCUUUGGAUCUUGUCUUAGUGACUGGGAUGAUCUCUAGCUCACUCAGUAAACCACAGGCUUUGGCUGAAAAAAUCAGUGAGGUGAAAAGUGAGCUGGACCAGUCCACGGGUUUACAUAUUGAGAGGAUAUUUCACUUGCCCUGCAACGGUUUACAGUGCAAAAAACGGACAUGUCAGGAAAUAAUCAAGCUGGACCCAUCAGUAUUAUCUUCACACAGCACUGCCAGGCUCAGUGUUAUUACUCCACAGCACACGCUUCAACAAAUCUGCACAUGCAAUAGUACAGCAUUAAGAUUUGAUGGACAUAGCUUUCUACAUUACCACCAUGAGGUUAGUGGUGGCUGGAAAGUCCAGUUCAGACUGAAAACCCUCCAGCCUAGAUCUGUUUUGGUGUUUGUAAAUGGCUCUUCUUCAUCUCUUCUAGAGCUUGAUAAUGGGUAUUUGCAAUAUAAAUAUCAGUGCCAAGGAAUUAUGACCAAGAACCUGCUUUUGGAGACUAUGGUAAAUGAUGGAACUCUGCAUAGUAUUAUCCUCGAGGUGACCGCCAAAUUUGCCAAGUUCCAUGUGGACAGCAUAGAAUCUGAGCUGCCCCUGCCAGAUUGCUCAGGUCAUUCGUCUCAUCUGUUUAUUGGGGCUUUGAUACAGGAAUCAGACUAUGUGUCUCAAGGAUUCCAGGGCUGUCUGGAUGACAUCAGCAUCAACGGUCAAGCAGUGGAAAGCCUGGGGAGGUCUAUUCAGCAGAAGGGCACAUCACCAUGCUGUGAUCAUACCCAUGCUUGUAGACACAACCCAUGUCCCAGUGAGAGAAUGUGUGCAGAAAUGCCCAAUGGAGCAUAUGCCUGUCUAUGCCAUUCUCCCUUCCCGGGCCCCAACUGUGUCCUGGAUACCAACCCUUGUGCCACAUCUUCUUGCUCACAAGGCAGAAUUUGCUCACCCAUGUCCAAUGGGUUUACAUGUAGCUGCCCUCCAGGAUAUCAGGGUGACAGAUGCCAGAUUGCAGUGAGAAGCUGUCUGGAUGGCCCAUGUGUACAGGCCACUGACCUCUGCAUCCCCAGUAGCACAUGUAACUGCAGUGACGCUAACAUUGGUCAGCUAUGUCUAGAAGGGAACAUGCCCGCUCCUGAUAAGAGAUUCCUCAUAUCUGGUCCCCAGGAGAUAGCAGAGAUCCUAGGAGGAGUCCUUGCUGUCUUGGUGUUAGUGGGGGUGUUUGUCAUCUUCAGAAAACGCCUGUGCCAACGAACUGGUACCCACAAGCCAACUGCACAGGAGGAUCCAGACCUGAAGAACUAUAUAUCCAGAGACAUAGGUGUGGGAACUCAAGGAACGUGCAUGGAACUGAAUAUCCUUAGUCCUGCUGCUCGGAUUCAGCUGGACGCUGAGGGACAGUCACGUAUGAACCCUGUCCCAGAGCUCCUUACCUUCUGCAAGCCCCAGGCAAGACCAGUCGUGUGCAGCGUGGCUCCAAAUCUACCUCCUGCACCUCCGUCCAGUUCCGACAAUGAGUCCAUCGCCAAGAACAACUGGGACUGUGAGGAGAACAUGUAUACGGGGGACUCAUCAUACUGGCCAUCCGGCAACAAUCCUGUGGAAAUUCAAAGAUACCCUCAGUCCAAGCCCUUGUCUUCUGUGCCACCAGUCCCACCUCUCCCAAGAGAACCAGAGCAACAGCCCUUAUUUGGUGGAUUCCCAUUUCCAUUGCAGCCCAAAAGCAAAAGAGCUCCUCUUCCAUCUUGUUACAACAACCGAAACCUGGAUGACUUUCUCCCAGCACCUUCUCACUGCCAAGACCAGUACACUGCAAUUAGCUACUAUCCCUCACCGCUAAUGCAACCAGAGGGUAUGCCCUACCCAUCUGAUGAAGGAUUCAGGCGUUUAAGUGUGAGACUGAGCAUAGCCCAGCCUUCUUAUGCAGACUGUGGGCUUCCACCAAUGACCAAUUCAAACUUUCAGGCACCAGACCUGGCAGAAAGUGACUAUGGUAGCUGUGAGGAAGUUAUGUUUUAAACAUUUUGUUUCAAAAACUUUCAUUGGAAGGGGUUAGCAUACCUGAAGGAGAAAGCUGGAACACUAAGAAUUGGGAACAGCCAUGGGCUCCCUCCUUCAGGCUUACAAGCAGCCAAAGAGGAAAAUGCCUCAGAGAGUAUUGUUGGGAUCCUGCCAACUUGAUGUUGGACAUGUGUUCGCCGUUCCAGUUCCUGACAUGGAAGAACUCAGGUCCAAGAGAUAAUCGAGAGUGCAAAGUUGCAUAUUUUUAAACCAUGCUGGGCAUGAUAAAUUUGGCCAAGUCCUAGUGACCCUAAAGAGCUGUAUAGCGCACAGUAUUACUUCUGGCAGGGAAUUUGGUUGUGAGCUCCUAAGAGGAAUCAACAAACCUAAUGGACAGCACUGUACAUUUUUUUCAGGAUAUAAAAACUUUUGUGACACAUUAUCAUUAUGCAAUCUCACUAGAAAAUAGAAUGUAUGGAUUGAAUGCCAGACUAGUAACAUAUAACAGUUCAACAAGACAAUUGUACCCAGGCUUCUGUUGGACAAUUUGAAAUGGUUGAACAGCAGUAUAUGAGCAAACAUAACAGAUCAGAGAAUGUUAAACUAUUGAUCUUUUCUUCAUUUUUCAAUCGAAUGAGCUGGGGUUGGCAGUUAUGGCGUAUUAUGGUAUUUGCAGUAGAAAUGUUAUCCUACCCACUGAGCAAUUUGAUUCUGCCAGUGCCACCUUCAAAGUGGGCCAGGAAAUACACACUGUUAAAUAACACUGUAAAAAACAGAGAUGUGUAUGUAUGUACGUAUGUAUAUCAUGUGAGUUAUUACUUAGACAUCCAUCCAGUCUGUUUAUUCCUUCCAAAAAGAUGUUUAAUAUUGUUUUUCUUGUGUAUAUAUACAAAAUUUGUAAAAGCAAUAAAGUAUAAUUUUUAUAAAUAUGGAA